UUCAACCACUGCCGCAAAAAUCCAACUAAGAUCAAACAGACCGUCGUAAAAUCACAAUCUUCAGCUUUAUAUCUUUCUGUAUGUCAUGAUAGUCCUUGACCGUCCCAAAUUUAUGUAACCCGCACAGACUUAUUGUUUCACUUUCUGUUAUACUACGUAUUUACUGUCACAUUUAUAAAUGCAUUGCUUCAUCAAAUAUUCACUAUCUGACCGAUAUCCAUGAAUGUACACACAAGAAAAGCAUAUGCUACCUUUUGACCUUUGUACAUUGAACACAUCGCGGCAGAGUGUAAGAUAAAAAUAAAUCAUGUUUCGCGCAGAAAGAAGGGAAUGCAUUCCUCGCGCAAAGAGCAUAUUUCGACAAAUGCGGAAAGAAUAAAACAUCUUCAGGUGCGUUUUACAGCUUACCCCCACGCGCGCGUUGUUACCUCGGGCAUGUUUUGGUUAGUCACUUCUUUCUUGACCAGUGCAAAUCAGUCAUGACGGCCGCGUCUAAACGUGACAUUCGUUCGAGUAGAAUAACAUUUUGUGAAUAAGAAUCGAUUGGAGGAUUCGCAAUGACAACGGUCUGAUUUGUUCUUUAGACUGGCGAGUUAGUUUUAGUACUGUUUUAGUUACUGUUAGUAGAGCGCUAGCUUUUUUAUCGAGGCAAGUCAAAAUCUCUGAACUGAAUACAUCUAAUUCUAAAAUAAAAAUCAUCAUUUUAAUGUUAAAACUAAGUAAUAAUACACUGCUGAGACUUCUUCGAUAAGAAGGGAAGAAAAAUAGUACGGAAAAGAUUAAAGCUAAAAAAGCGAUUAAUAUGGAAAUUAUAGAGACGAUUGUAAAGUUUGUGUGCAAAGGUUUCUUAUUUCUUCUGUACUGUUUACUCAGUCCGUUUUUCAAACUACGAGCAUUGAAGAAGAGACGACAAUGCCCGCCGAUCGAUAAUCAAAUAUUGUUGAUAUCAGCAACGGAAAUUGCACGAAGAAUUCGCAGGAAAGAAAUACGUUGCGAAGAGGUAAUUGUUGCAUAUGUGGAACGAUGCAAAAAGGUGAAUCCGGUGCUCAACGCGAUCGUGGAAAACCGUUACGAAGCGGCCCUUCGAGAGGCACGCGAGAUCGACGAGUUUUUGAAAUCGACGGCGAUGGACGAAGAGAAAAUCGCACGCGAGAAGCCGCUGCUGGGAGUACCCGUAACGGUCAAGGAAAGUAUUGCUGUUCGAGGGAUGAGUCAUUCCGUGGGGAUAAGAGAGAGCUCUCCGUCGAGGGCGAGCCGCGACGCCGAUGCCGUAGCGAAGAUCCGCGAAGCCGGUGGCGUCCCUCUUCUAGUUAGCAAUACGCCAGAGCUGUGCAUGUGGUGGCACACCUUUAACAAAGUGACCGGCGACACCAGAAACCCUUACGACACACGGAGAACUCCCGGCGGAUCUUCCGGUGGCGAGGCUGCCCUUUUGGCUGCUGGCGCUUCUGUUUUGAGCUUAUGUUCGGACAUCGCUGGAUCAGCCAGGCUCCCGGCGAUGUUCUGCGGUGUUUUUGGCCACAAACCUUCGCCUGAUUGGGUAUCGGUAAAGGGUCAUAAACCUGGCUCGACUGACAUAAAUUGGCCCUCCUUCUUCUCGAUUGGUGGAAUGGUCAGAUACGCUAUAGACUUGCCUCUGCUAUUGACAACGAUAUCACAAUCCAAUGAGGCCAAAAUUGGUUUCAAUAAGAAGGUGUACUUGAAGGAUAUGAAAUUUUUUUACAUGAUCGACAGCGGUUCAAUUAUGACAAAUUCGCCAAAUAGCGACAUGAAAUAUGCAAUUCGCAAGUUAGUUGAACAUCUGGAGACUACACAUGGUGUUACAGUACAAAAAAUAAAUUUUGAAAACAUGAAGUCGGCUUUCGAACUGUGCUUAACUAUUCUUCUUCGGCUCAGAAAUGUGUACUCGAUGUUCAACCGCUUGGACAACCCUAAGAAAUCGAAAAACGUGCUUUUCGAAGUACUCAAGUAUAUCUUCUUCCUGUCAUCGUACACAUAUCCUGCCUUACUUUAUGGGUUGUUGAAGAGUACUGGCGAACGAUUUCCGCGUUCGUAUUAUAACAACAUGAUGGAGAAGAAAACGCAGUUAAAGAAGCAAUUUGAGGAGACGCUAGGCAGUAACGGUGUGCUCAUCUAUCCAUCGUUCGUCUCGUCGGCGCCUUAUCCUCACGAAAUUAUAUACAACGCAUGUAAUUUCACGUAUCUCAUGAUCUUCAAUGCUCUCGGACUGCCGGUUACACAAUGCCCGCUGGGUUUCGACAGAAAUCAACUGCCAAUUGGACUUCAAAUCGUUGCUAAUCCGGGUUGCGACUAUCUGACGAUUGCCGUCGCGCAAGAGAUCGAGAAGGCAUUCGGCGGCUGGCGAGAACCAUCGAUGACCAAAGGGAAUCCAUACGGCACAGAGACUUAGAGACGAAUUAACGUUUCUAUCUUCUACAUUACAGCACAAUGUUGCAGAUACAUUGCAUACACGUUAAUUUGUAAUAUUAGUUUUAUUCUCUCUGAUCAGGAAUCUUUCAUUAGGGAAAUAUUGUUAUAAACUUAUCUUAUUCUUGUCUUUUGAACAAUACAUCAAUUUUUAUACUAUAUCUAGGAAAAUACUGGCGGUAAUGCGGCCUUCGUGGCAUGAACGGAACAUGCGGAAAUCGGUAUCACUUACCCUUUUGAUUUUCCCGACAUAACAUUAAAUAAACAGAUCAUUAAACAUUUUUCUAUUUAAACACAUAUUGUUCAUACAUUUUGUCAUUUACUUAGUUCGAUAACGUUAGACAACGUUAUGCUGGCAAAAAGUUUAUAAAUCUUUGAUUAAUAAACCUGCACUGUAAAUUUCGCUAAUGUAAGAAAUAUAAGGAAAUGCAAGAUAUUGAAAGGGUAUUUAAUAUUUUUAUUUAAUUGUUUAUAUAUUUAUCAUACGUCGGUAUGAAUACACGCUAUGAAGAGUUUUGCAUAGAGGGCGCCUUUGACGCAAACGAUCGAACAGGAUGUAUUACCGUCAAAACGGUUUUAUUCCACGAUACAAAUGUUACAACUGAACAUAAGGUCUUGCCGUUAAUAUCUUACGUAAGGUCUGAUAAAUGAUAAGCGCUACCUUCGACAAUAUCUAUAUUGACAUUGAUACAAGAUAAUAAAUUUUGCA